AUGGUUCACACUACAACAUUAGAUGUCAUUCAAAGACUGUGUGAAUCCAGUGAAUACAGAUACCUUCGACUAGACGGUAACACGGCCACUAGCAAAAGGCAAUCUAUAGUUGAGCGUUUUAAUGCCAAGUACUCCAAUGACUUUGUGUUUUUACUGAGUUCCAARGCAGGAGGUGUUGGUCUUAAUCUGAUUGGUGCGUCCAGGUUAAUACUAUAUGAUAUUGACUGGAAUCCAGCCAAUGACCUUCAGGCCAUGGCGCGUGUGUGGAGAGAUGGACAAAGAAAGAAAGUCUAUAUCUAUCGAUUACUGACUACGGGUACUAUAGAAGAAAAGAUAUACCAAAGACAAACAACCAARCAGAGUCUGAGUGGAGCAGUAGCCGAUGCCAAAAAAGAAKCCAAAGUUGAAUUUACAGUAGAGGAUAUCAGG